UUAAGAAAAAUAAUACACCACACUGCUUUAAUGGGGCGAUCACCAUGCUGUGAGAAGAUUGGACUGAAGAAAGGUCCAUGGACGCCGGAAGAGGAUCAGAAGCUGCUUGCCUUCAUUGAGGAGCACGGACAUGGGAGUUGGCGAGCAUUGCCUGCGAAGGCAGGCUUGCAGAGGUGUGGUAAGAGCUGCAGAUUGAGGUGGACAAACUACCUGAGGCCGGACAUCAAGAGGGGCAAGUUCAGCUUGCAAGAAGAGCAGACCAUCAUCCAGCUUCAUGCUCUUUUAGGCAACAGGUGGUCGGCCAUUGCAACACAUCUACCAAAUCGCACAGACAAUGAGAUCAAGAACUACUGGAACACACACCUCAAGAAAAGGCUGGCCAAGAUGGGGAUCGAUCCUGUCACCCACAAAUCUCUCAGUGGCACUCUCACUGGCACCACAAACAACAAAUCAGCCAAGGCUGCGGCAAGCCUCAGCCACAUGGCACAAUGGGAGAGUGCCCGCCUCGAGGCUGAGGCACGGCUGGCUCGAGAAUCGAAGAUUCGAACAGCAACGCCAACACCAACUGCACUACAUGCGCAGCCAACGAAUGUACCUGCCUCUGCUGCUUCUCCAUGCCUUGACGUGCUGCAUGGAUGGCAGGGUGCAAAGAUAGACCUGGAGUCACCUACCUCCACACUGACGUUUACAGGGAGCAAUAGUGGCAUGCUGCCAACCCCCAGGACCAACAGACUAGAGGUAUCAGAAAGCAACUCUGUGAUGUGGCAUCAGAGGAGUGAUGAGUUGGAGGGUGAAGAAAACGAUUGGCAGAUCUUCAGCAAGCACCAAGUGCUGGAACUGGACAGCAAGGAGAGGGAAGAUGACUUCAUUGGCUGUGAGGAACCGUGGUUCUCAGGGAUGGCUGGGGUUGGAUCUGGCUUCACUAGCAUGCUGUUUGAUGUAUCCAAUGAGCAUGACGCAUCAGAAUGCUGGGGUGAGUCCAACAAUGGCCACACUGAGCACAGCAAUCAAGCAUCAGAUGAGGAGGACAAGAAUUAUUGGAAUGGUGUCCUUGACAUGGUAAACUCAGAGCUGACACCCCAGUCACCUCCAUUGGUCUAGAAUACAUUCCCCUCCAGUUUUUUCAAGGACUUCUGAGAAAAAUCUAUUGGACCCUCUUAAGUCAAAAGAGAAACAGAACGAGCACUACAAAUAAAUGCUACAACUGCUCCAACAGUAUGUAUUUUUUUGUCCAUGCAUGUGAAAGUGAAACAAUUAGCUGUUCUGAGGAUGUACCGAUGUAGUAAAUAAUUUUUUUCUGUCUGCCUUGUUUAGUUCCUCCCCCUAAAGUUUACUCUCUAUCCCAUCGAAUGUUUGGACAUAUGCAUGGAGUAUUAAAUAUAGACUAAAAAAACAAAUUGCACAGAUUGUGACUAUUUUACGAGACGAAUCUUUUAAUCCUAAUUAGUCCAUGAUUUGACAAUGUGGUGCUACAGUAAAGCUACAAUAAACAUGUGCUAAUGACAGAUUAAUUAGGUUUAAUAAAUUCGUCUCGCGGAGUACUGAGGACUUUUAUAAUUUGUUUUAUUAUUGCUAUCUGAACACUCGAUAUGACACCUCCAUAUGACACCCGACGUGACACCCCAAAACUUUACACCAUUUCUUUUCUGUUGGCCCUAGCGCUAGAAAUAACUGUAUGUUAAGCCACCAAGACCACAGCAGGAGCACUGCAUUAAUGAUCCAAGGACUUUACAGUUGUUAGUUCAACGCUCAAGUUGUCUUGUCUCCCUCUCUUUGGAAUCCAACCCAGAAUGAUUAAGCAGCACUAUUCCGAUCAAGUAAGAAUAUCACAAAUUCAAAACAGAAAUUUACAUGUGCAAAUAAGUCCAUUUUGGUAUUUAUGUUCCUUCAUUCGAAUAAAGAAAAGAAAAUUGCAAAACCCGCCCCAUAUGUCACUUAGAUUUUGAUAUUCCAACCCAUAAGGUGUUUUGUUGCAAAUGCCCACCCCUUAGUUGGCUCUAUUGCAAAAACCACCCCACCGAGCAUGUGCUCCACCAAUUCCACCCAUUCUCUCAAGUCUGGAGCAACUACAGGCCAUGCUAGACGAGCAAUACUUGUUCCGAUGCUUGUAUGUUUAUUUAUCAUGUUGCGGUGAAGAAAUAUUGUAGAUAGCAAAAACCAGUGUGACCAAGUUUAAGUGUUUUUUUCUCAAAUACAUAGGACACAGGAGCAUGUUUAAGCUUUUCAUCAGUGAUUGUUUUGCUGCAAGCUCUAAAAAAAUGUUGGGUUCUUUUAGAGUAU